GCCCGCGGCACGGCUCGGGACGGGACGGGACGGGACGGGACGGGACGCUGCUCGCCGGAGGGGCCUCCCGCUCCCGCCCCCGCGCGGGUCCUGGCGCUCCCGGAGCGCUGCCGCCGCCGGGACCCCGCCGCGACCCGGACGCCCUCGGCUCCCCCGCGGGUCGGCGGAGAGGGUUGAGGGAGCGAUCCCGCUUCCUGCUUCUGGCGACAGCCCCGUGCCGGCCAGCCGGGAUCCCCCGGGCAGGACGGGACCUACGGUGCCGGAUAGAGACGGGCAGGGCGGGCCCCGCUCACGGGCGGACAGGACUUGGCCAAACACUCCUGGCUUUUCCGUGCCGGCGUUUAGCAUGGAAAGUGCUUUAAAAUAAACAAACCAAGCCACCAAGCUAUGAAGCUUGUUCUUAAUUUUGAUCCGGCACACGAGCUUUUCAGUGGUUGACAGCUGUGCGCGCACCGCAGAAGGGCAGAACCCGUUCCUGUGGUCCCAUCGGGCCGGCGGCUCUGCCGCGCACAUUGGCUCUCGGCACUCGGGAGAAGUUUUCACGCUGCUGUUUAACUAAAGGUUCACUGUCUCAAUGGAAGUGGUACCAGCCUGGGCCCCAGCAGUAGGUUUCACACUCCUGCCACAUGCAGGAGGAAUUUUAGGAAGCAAUAUAACCAAAAGGGAAAUCCCAACAUGGUAUCAAACUCUACAGAAGCCAUCCUGGUGUCCACCUAACUGGGUGUUUGCUCCUGUUUGGGGAACUCUCUAUACAUCUAUGGGAUACGGCUCCUACCUUGUGUGGAAGGAACUGGGGGGCUUCAAUGAAAAGUCAAUGGUUCCUCUGGGUCUGUAUGCAGGGAACCUGGCAUUAAACUGGGCAUGGACUCCAAUAUUUUUUGGAGCUCACAAAAUGGGAUGGGGGUUGGUGACUCUCCUGCUUACAACUGGUACAGCAACAGUUACCACUGCUUCCUGGUACAACAUCAACAAAACAGCAGCUUAUUUGAUGGUUCCUUAUUUAGCUUGGCUAAGCUUGGCUUCUGCACUCAAUUAUCGGAUCUGGAAGGACAAUCACAAGAAAAACUCUGAAUAAGCAGUUUUCAGCCAAAACUAUCUUUUUUCCAUAAUAAUUUUUUAUAUGAAGUUAUGGCCUUAGUUUAGUUUUAGCUGAACUACUUUGCCCUAACUUUGGUAUUUACAAGUUGACAAAACAAAUACAACUUUACUAGGCAAGCCACAAAGGGGUGUAUGCCUGACAGGGUUUUAUAGCAAACUAAAAGAAAGUCUUGAUUGAAAAGUG